ACCUCCAUGUGAUGGCUUCAAAAGAUAAAGAGACGGCGUUUGCACCGGUCUCGACGAUCAAUUCGACACUUUUACUUGAUGCUAAUCCCUCCAGCACUUCUCAAGCCACCGAAUCCAAGUCUAAGCCCCAACGCUCCUCUUUCAAGCACCUCUUCUCCUUUACGAGAUGGAAUCACACGGCGUCGCUACUUGCGGCUCUGGUUGCGUCUGCCGCAUUUGCCUCGGUCAAAUCAGUUCUAUCUGUGGUCUUGGGCAAAAUCUUCGACGCUGUCUCCGACUUUGGGGCUGGCCAUGGUUCUGGCAGUGAGACUCUGAGCAACGUAGCUCGCUGGGCUCUGGUCCUGCUGGGCAUGGGGGCUGCCAAUUGGCUCGCAACUACGGCACUCCUAUUGCUAUGGGUCAUUUUCGGCGAACUGCAAGCCAACUGUGCUCGAAAAGAAAUCUUUGAAAGUCUGUUGUCCAAGGAGAUGUCAUGGUACGACUCGUUAGACCAGGGCAUCUCUAGUCUGCUGGUCAGAAUACAGACGCAAACUCGGGAGCUUCAACUGGCGACGUCUCAGGUUCUCGGAUUGCUGGUCACAGAUCUGAUUGUUUCCAUCGCUUCGCUCGCUAUCGCCUUGUCUUAUUCCUGGAAGCUCACUCUGGUUCUCGUCGCAACCCUACCAAUUUCCAUGGUCGUCAUGUCGCUGGCAACUCACCGGCUGGACCCGGCAAUCCAAGCUCAGAAGCAUCAUCAAGAGACCGCGUCAAAGUUUGCUACCUCUUCUAUAAAAGCAAUCGAGAUUGUCAAAAUCUUCAACGGAGUCGAUCGUGAGCUCGGGCAGUAUUACGAGGCAACCAAGCUGGCUAGCAACCAAUAUCUCGUCCAAGCCAAGUGCAAUUGCUUUCAGAUGGGCUAUGUCGCCUUCUGGGUCAUUGGCAUGUUCGUCGCGGCCUUCUGGUACGGCACCAUCCUCGUCGACCAAGGACUGAGCCCUGGCCAUGUCAUCACUACCUUUUUCGCAACCCUUUCGGCAUUCCAGGGAGUCGAGGCUUUACUCCCACACUGGCUGGUUCUGUCAAAAGGCAUGUCAGCAGGGUCAUUCCUUUCAUCCUUAUCGAACAAGCGUGAUGACGAGGCGGCCAAUACGGAAAGGGGCCAGAUCCGGCCGGAGGCCUGUGUCGGAAAGGUGGACUUGGUUGAUGUCACAUUCGCCUAUCCGUCGAAUCCCACAAAGACGGUCCUCAAUAGAUCAUCCUUGUCCUUCUUGCCAGGCCAGCUCACCUUUAUUGUGGGAAGAAGCGGAUCUGGGAAGAGCACCAUCGGAAAUCUUAUUGCCCAAUUCUACAAUCCUUCGUCGGGGAUUGUCUGCUUAGAUGGGCAUCCCUUGACGACUCUGGAUGCCGAUUGGGUUCGAUCCAAUGUUACUCUCAUUCAGCAGUUGAGCGUCUUGUUUGACAAUAGUGUCUUCAACAAUGUUGCCAUUAGCCUCGGCGACCCGGAAAAGGUAUCUAAAGAAGAUGUUGCAUCUGCUUGCGAAUUUGCAUUACUACAGUCCACAAUUAGCAGCCUUCCCGAAGGUAUCGAAACACGCAUCGGUCCAACUGGAAUUCAGCUGAGUGGGGGCCAAAUACAGAGACUUGCACUUGCUCGGGCAAGAGUUCGAGAUCCGACUGUCCUGAUUCUUGAUGAAGUGACGAGCAGUCUGGAUCAGAUUAACCGGGGCCUGGUGAUUGAUGCUAUCAGGGAGUGGCGCCGAGAAAAAACCACCAUCAUCAUCACACAUGAUAUUGAUCAAGUCGAAGAUGAAGACUAUGUCUACGUCAUGGAGAACGCUUCUCUGGUGCAACAAGGGUUACGGAAAGAGCUGGACACGCUUUCAUCGGGGCCAUUCGCAACUUUAUCUCGCCUGGCUCCCGUCGAAGCAAGGUCUGCUAUACCGAUUCAGAUGGAACGAACCGCACAUGGUUUGCUCAGCUCGACCAGCCGUAGAACCUCGGCGAUGUCCGAACUCUCCCAUAACAAGACACAAUCCAUAACGAACCCUGCCCGGAAACGGUUCUCUCAGUAUAAGGCGCUGGGAGCUGGCACAGCGGUUGCCUUGGAAAUGAGGAAGAAGCAGAUAUGGGAAGGCUCCGAUGUCGAAGGAGAGCCCAGGAAACCUGGCAGAUUCGGAUCUUUUUGCGAAGCUGAGAAGAGAAAGUCUUCCAACUCCACUGACGAGUUACUGGAAUCACCUCGCAGAUGCAGUGCCCCGGAGCCUGAUGACCUAUUCUAUGUCUUUGGCAAAGCGGAACGCCGAGAGGAUAUCCCUGGCCUGCGCCUCGCUGCCGGCCGUGAACCCCCAACCAUGGACGAGGAGAUCAUCAGGAACAACGGAACCUCCAAGCCGAGCACCCUGCUAUCCACACUAGGUACUGUUUGGCCAACUCUCACGGCAUCCGAUCGAGCAAUUUUUAUCACCGGGAUCGUGGUGUGCAUCAUCAGUGCUGCGGCAACGCCCAUGUUUUCAUUCUGUCUCUCACAGCUGUUCGGGGUGCUGUGGCUUCCAGACAACAGGGCGGCUGAAGCGAAGAAGUGGGCAUUGUAUCUGAUGGCUACAGGAAUCCUUGAUGGUACUUCCACUGCUUUUGGCCACUACAUGCUCGAGAGAACCGGCCAGUCUUGGGUGACUGCUCUUCGCUUGGAGGCUCUGAAGAAAAUCCUGCAGCAGCCCAAGUCGUGGUUUGACAAGGAAGCGAACUCGGCUAGUCGAAUCAAUGAAUGUCUUGACAGGGACUCGGAAGAGACGCGAAACAUUGUCGGGCGAUUCAUUCCCCUCUUCAUUAGUGCUUUUGGCAUGAUCUCGAUAUCUGUGAUAUGGGCGCUUACAGUAUCCUGGAAGCUCACACUUGUCGCCCUCUCACCCUUGCCCCUGAUCGCGGGAGCCGUCAAGGGAUACGCCGUUCUCAGCGAAAAGUGGGAAACGAGAUGCAACCAGGGGGCGACAGAUGCCGGCGCGCUUCUCAAUGAGACCUUUGUCAACAUCCGUGUCGUGCGAGCACUGAACCUUGAGAAAUAUUUCAGUGCAAAGUACCAGAAACUGAUUACGCAUGUCCUCGGCCUGGGUAAGCGGAGGGCAGGUUAUACUUGCGGAUUGUUUGGGCUAUACGAGUCCAUGAGCUUCCCCAUGACGGCGCUGGUGUUCUAUUAUGCUACGGUGCUACUGACUCGCAGUGACGGCGUGACUCUCACGCAGAUGCUGCAGGUCAUCAACCUGCUGCUGUUCAGUAUCGGCAUGUCGGCCGGUGCUUUGGAUGGCAUGCCUCAGCUGACAAUGGCCCAAGCAACCGCGGUACGGCUGCUAGGUUACGUGACGAUGCCCAUCGAACCCGAAGAAGAAGGCCAAGGAAGAACAAAGAUCUCGAACCCUUUGCCCAUUCAGCUCAGGGACGUGGAAUUUGCGUACUCCCAGUCUCCCAACGCGCAAGUUCUCCGCGGAAUAUCCUUUGACAUUACGCCCGGGAGCUGCACCGCCGUCGUCGGCUCCUCCGGCUCUGGCAAAUCCACCCUUAUAUCCCUCCUCAUGGGUCUCUACCGCCCUUCAAACGACACAGCAUCCUCGCUCACAUACGCCGGCGUCCCUUCUUCCGCCCUCAACACGCACCAUCUCCGCUCCCACAUGGCCUACGUCUCGCAAACGCCGCACCUCUUCCCCACCUCCAUCACCGAGAACAUCGCCUACGGCCUCCCCCCCUCCUCCCCCCUCCGCAACAACACCCACGCCGCCGCCAAAGCAGCCGGCAUCCACGACUUCAUCGUCUCCCUGCCCCAGGGGUACGCCACCCCCAUCGGCGAAGGCGGCAUCGCUCUUUCAGGGGGCCAGGCGCAGCGCCUGAGCAUCGCCCGCGCGCUUGUCCGCCAGCCGCGGCUCUUGGUCCUGGAUGAGCCGACGAGCGCGCUCGACGCGGAGUGUUCGGGAAUGAUUAGGGGGACGAUUUCAGAGCUCGUGGCUAGGGCGAGGACGACGACGACGACGACGGAGCCGGAGGGGGAGAUGGCGAUUGUCAUGGUUACGCACACGCCUGAGAUGAUGCGGAUAUGCGACAACAUCGUUGUGAUUGAUGGGGGCGUGAAAGUGGAGGAGGGGAGCUACGAGGAGCUGAUGAAGGCGAGGGGCUCGUUCAGACAUCUUGUUAGUAAGGGGGAUUGGCAUGGCGGGGAGAAGUCUUGA